UCGCGACCGUCGCGUAGGUCGGACGUUACGUCCCAAACUCAAUAGAGUAAACGCGAACGAUUUGUGGUCUCGUUUGCAUACGUGAAGUGAAAUUUGUUUUGAAUUUUGUACCCAUGCGAUGUGAUUACAAUUCUUUGCAUAAUACUUUAACAUUAACUUUUAUGGAUGUGACAAUUUAAUUUUGUAGGAAAUUCCAGUGUAUGUGCUUUGGAUUGUUGUUUAUUAUUGUGAUGCGUGCACGCGUGUGAAAUGAUGGCGCGGAGGAGGGUCUUGCUCCUCUUGCUUUGGGUGGUCGCCGCAGCCGACGCGGACAGUAAACAUGAAACAAAUACAACAGAACCUGACCACACAACGGUAGUUCCCACACCGCCAAUACCUCUGCGACCUGAAUAUGCUCAUCCUGCGGGAGUGGAAGCACUAGAUCCCUACAAUUCCGAAAAAAACCGACCACCACCACAUCACAGAGACUAUUUAGAGGAAGAUUAUGAUCACGAAUCUCACAAAGAAGAUGAUCAUGAUAAUAGAGAAGAUACAGAUGAAUUGCCGUCUUUAUCCGGCGAUCAUUUGUUACAAAGCUCUACUGAUGAUCUUCCAAUGUUCCUACAGGAACCUCAGCAUGGUUUUGUAGUUAGAAAUAAACCGACUACUCUAAGAUGCCGAGCUGCUAAUGCUUUGCAGGUUUAUUUCAAAUGUAAUGAUAUGAAAUCAGAUGCUAGUACGCAGUUUGAGUUUGUAGAUCCGCAGAGUGGUGUUAGGAUUGUGGAGGCAGAAUACAAUGUGACUAGAGAUCAAUUAGAGGAUUAUUUUGGUGAUAGAUUCACAUGCACAUGUUUUGCGUGGAGUAGCAGAGGAAACAUUAGAAGUCAACCUGCGGUUCUUGAAUUGGCAUAUCUCAAGAAGCAAUUUCUGGCAUCCCCCUCGUCGAUUUCUGUAGAAGUUGGAUCCGCCGCUUCGCUUCGCUGCACCCCUCCUGCCGCUGCACCGGUCCCUAGAAUAUCCUGGCUGAAGCAAGGAGCCCCGUUACAGCAAGAUCAUAAUGUUUUAAUAUCGCCGGAAGGGAAUUUGCUGAUAUCACGGGCUAGUUUGCAAGAUAUGGCAAACUACAGUUGUGUUGCUGAGAAUAUUGCUGGAAAGAGAGUUUCUGAAGCAGCACUAGUCACGGUUUAUGUAAAUGGAGGCUGGAGCCCUUGGAGUCCCUGGACCCAAUGCCGCUGCAACGGACGAGUCACUGAAGGACAGCGUCGUACACGCACAUGUACAGAGCCCUACCCACUGAACGGCGGGGCGCAGUGUCAGGGACAAUCUGUCCAACGGACGUCCAACUGCGUCGCUUGUCAGAAUGCACUGCCUGGACGUUGGGGCGCGUGGUCUGAAUGGUCGGUGUGUGGAGCUGACUGCAGACAGAGUAGACGAAGAUCUUGUACCGGAGACACUCCGUGUUCAGGACAACAUGUGCAGCAUGCAGACUGUGUAGGAGACUACUGUGGGGUUCACGGUGUUGCUGCCUACAGCGAUGUGCCACUGUACAUCGGUAUUGCUGUCGCAGUGGUGGUGUUCCUGGCUGGAGCAGCAGUAGUGUACAAACUUCUGCAAAGAAAGACAAGGGAUCAUUCACUGUACACUAUGACGAGAACUGAUUUUCAACCGGAAAUAUAUCCAACAGUGGAGAAGCAGUCAUUGUCUUUAGCACCGGAUCUGAUGCAACACCGGCCUCCAAGAUACGAACACCCACAGACAGAUACAAGAGCUGAGCAUCACUACGAUGUGCCACAUCUCACCAACAGUUACGCAUCACCGGUGGAUCAUCAAAUUACACCGUGCGCGUCCAGCAAGGGCCAGAGCGAUGAUUAUGAUAGCAAACCAUACAGCGAAUCAGAACAUUCAGUCUCCAGUUGUUUCACCAGCUCGGGCUCCAUGUAUGAUGCUGCAAACGAAUCUGUAACUCUCCAACUAGCGGAACUAGUUUCAAAUUCGCCAACAUCACAAUCGCUGUCAGUAUCAAAUGCUGGUGCAAGAUUAGCGUUACCGGCUGCUGGGGUGGCUUUAUCAGUACCUGAAGGCUCCUUGAGUAGGGGUAGAAGAGAACAGAUGUAUGUAGCCGUCGUGAAGGAUGACCGGUACCGACCCAGACUAGGGAAAGGUGUAACACAACUGAGUCCGGUAGUUAAAUGUGGACCUCCGCGUCUGCAAUUAAACAAGUCAGUGAUUCUGCAGAUCCCUCACUGCGCUAGCCUCAAACACGGGUUCUGGAAUCUCUCGCUAUACGCUAUUGAUCAUAAUAACGCAAAAGCUGAUAAUAAUCAGCCACAGUGGAGAAAAGUGGUUGGUCUUGGCCAAGAAACUAUUAAUACUCCAGUAUUCACGCAACUUGACAACGACAAAAUAUAUCUUGUAACAGAUAUGCUAUCUACGUUUGUAUUGGUAGGUGAAAGUUUCAAUGGUAAGGCAGUUAAAGCUUUACAGUUAGCUAUAUACGCCCCGGCGUCUAUUAAUGAAGCAUGUACAGAGUAUAGUAUUAGAUUAUAUGUAUUCGAAGAUACGCCAUGUGCAACAUACUAUUGUCAGGAGCAAGAGAAGAAGCUGGGUGGAGUUUUACUUGAGCGUGCAAAGACUUUGUUAUUCCAAGACGGUGGUUCUAAUUUAUGUUUAAACUUGGAGCACGUGAGUCCUGGUUGGAAAGCCAAACCGGGUAUAGGGUAUCAAGAAAUACCAUUCAACCACGUUUGGACUUCAAACUACAAUGCUUUACAUUGCAGUUUUGUACUAGAAAGGACACAUGAUUGUGACAAUAUUGACUUUAAUAUAUCCGCAUGUCAAAGGACCAAUCCAUCCUACAAACAGACAUUCCGAAUAUCUCUCGAGGAUAUACGAAGUCGAUCUCCAAGGGGUCGUUCCCCCCGGGCCGAAUCACAACGUAGUUUCAAUAUAACCGAGAAUCUCUUAGAGGCUAGAAUGUGCCGGAGCGAGGAGGGGAGUGACAACGGUAAACGUAACGUAACCGUGAGCGAAGCGGGAGUCAACGAAUGUGCGGGCGAAGGACCAUUUAAAUUAAAUGCACGAAUAAAACGGCAGCUGUGUGCCAUAUUGGAUCCACCGAAUGCACGCGGUAACGACUGGCGCGCGCUAGCGGCAAGACUUGGCGUUGAUCGUUAUACAACAUGGUUUGCCACAAAAAGCUCACCUACUGAAGCUAUCUUAGAAUUGUGGGAAUGCAGAGAACGUAGUCCAGGUGCUACGGCUAGUCUAGCUGGAGCUCUUAGGCAAAUGGAUCGACACGACGCCGCCGACUUACUACAAGGACGGCCAUCUUGGUUAUGAAUCAUCGACAAGUCAGAUCUUGACUUUAAUUAGCGAUUCACGCGUCGAGUCGGAUACUCGAUAAUUUUCUAUUUGGAAUUGUAAAUUAAAAUGGAUGUGAAAGGUAUAGGCGUAUAAAUUAUGAUGGAUUUAUAUGAAUGAUUUGUUGGUAAAAUAAUGUGUAGUUUAAAUGUUACGUUAGAGAAAGUAUAGUUUCGUAGGCCAACGGCCUAAGUUUGUAAAAUCGUCGUAGUAUAUUUUGUAUAGAAUAUUAUUAUCUAUAUGCUGUAGAUAAGCGAUGGGAAAUAAAUUAUAUUAUAGUAGCAAUAAUAGUGCCUACAACGUCUUUUAAAGAAACACUACCGACAUUGUGUUGGUUACGGUUGAUUAUUUUGUUAAUUUUUAUAAAUGUUUGAGUGUUCAUUGGAACGGCGAAAAUUUAUUGCAUAACUUCUCGUUUGGUUGCCUGUUUUACUUUUGAAUGUACUGCUUUGUUUGUAAUUUCAAACUCGUGCCAAAUCUCUGAUGCCACUGUAUUAUUUGGCAAUAAUCUUAAAAGUCUUAUAGGUAUUCAACUUGUCAGAGCUUACUCGUAUUCUUAUUAUAAUAGUAUGUCUUUUUUAUUGUUUAAUGCAAAAUAGGCAUAACCAUUUCAAUUAUAACAGACUCUUCUAGAACUAUUAAAUGUUAUUAUGGUAUUAUGACUGUUCGUUGAUAAAACUCAAUUAUAUGGUAAUUUCAAUUAUUCUUUAGUCAGAAGUUGUAAUUGAAAAUGGUGAUGCCUAACACUUAGAAAGACUUAAUCCACUGCAUUUACUGAUCACUAAUAAGCCUGUAGUCGUGAAUCACUUCAAAACACAUGAUUAAUCUUAGGUGAUAACGUAAUAUCUUCUCCAAGAGUUAUCUAUGAGAGACAACAUUUAUUUUGAUACCAUCUCUAAGAUACUUACUAUCUAAUAAUUUUCCUAAAACUCCAUUAUGUUAUUUUAGCUU